AUGAAGGUAGCUUGGCAACGUUUAAUCCGAUUCGUCUCAACCGACGGGCGUCUGUUGCGUGGAGAACCCAUCCUCCCGACUCCCGACUUUGAUCUUGGAAACACCACGGAAGAGACGAAACUUCAGGCUCGAGUCAUUGAAGGAGAUGACCUUUACAACACAACCGGUGCCACUCGUGUUACAGAUGAAGUGGUUACAGUCAAGACUUUAUUAGGCCCCCUUGUUGCUAGCGACGUAUCCAUUCUCAGAUGCGUGGGACUCAACUACGCUACACACAUUCGUGAAGCUGGACGCAAGACGCCACCUUUUCCUUCCAUCUUCUUCAAGCCUUCGACAACAAUACAUGACCAUGGGGUCAACGUGGUGAUCCCCAAAGUCGCCCAGGAUGAUCAAGCAGAUUACGAGGGAGAACUGGUCGUUGUCAUUGGCAAGGAUGCCAAAAACGUCAAGGAGAGUGAGGCCCUUGACUACGUCGCUGCUUAUACGGCAGGCAACGACAUUUCCUCUCGGAAAUGGCAAAGAGAUCCUAAUCUCGCUGGCGGAGUCCCACAAUGGGGAUUCUCCAAGGGUUUCGAUACCUUUGCGCCUUUAGGCCCCGCCCUGGUUUCAAGUUCUGUGAUAACAGCACCCGAGAAACUCCAUCUGCAGACAAUCGUCGACAAGGAUAUUCGACAGGACGCAGGACUAGAUGACCUUGUCUUUUCCAUCCCACGUUUAAUCGCACAUCUUUCUUCUGGGACUACCCUGCAGAAAGGAAGUAUUAUUAUGACCGGUACUCCCGGAGGUGUUGGCGCUGGGUUACAGCCACCAAAAUACCUUGUACCCGGAACUCAGAUGGAGGUCAAGAUUACUCAGAUUGGUACUCUGAAGAACGGCGUUGAUUUUGAGUAG